GGGUACAGAUGUAGGAAGUUCACUGUGCACAAACUGCUCUGUGCUACUGCGAGUGUACUGUUGACAUUUUUCUGAAAUGGGAUGGGAAUUGUGGAAUUAUAGAAUAUCUUGCGCCAGCCAUUCAAAGUGCGAUUAAUAGCAAUGCUUUGUCAUCAAACGCAUCUUGUUUAAAGGGAGGAACGCAUACUUCUACCACUUCUAUUGUAAAGGUGCUGAGCUCGGCAUGAAAGAUGCUGCUCUCCCUGGGGAUGCAGAUCCACACCAUCUUCAUCAUGCAGCUCUUCGUCUUCCUCCACCUACUGCCCGUGGAGGCUGACAUCUCCGCAUACUCGUUUGACAACCGAACGGAGAACUUUGCGGACCUGCCGGCGAGGUUUGGGUUCAGGCUGCCCAGCGAGGGGCUAAAGGGCCUCCUGAUUGGCGCCAGGCCCGAAAACGGGUGCGAGCCCAUGGACCCGCCCCCUCCCCCACGGGACAACGUGACCGGGACCUUCAUCGUGCUCAUCAGGCGGUACGACUGCACCUUCGAUGUGAAGGUCCUGAACGCCCAGAAGGCUGGUUACAAGGGGGCGAUUGUCCACAACGUGAACUGCAGUGAUUUGAUCAGCAUGGAAUCCAACGACUCGGAUGUUUUGAAACAAAUACACAUUCCUUCGGUUUUCGUGGGUGAAGACACGGCAAACGCCCUCAAGGAAGAGUACACGUAUGAGAAAGGAGGUCACGUGAUCCUCAUGCCAGACUUCAGUCUGCCCAUCGAAUAUUACCUCAUCCCCUUCCUCGUCAUCGUGGGCAUCUGCCUCAUCCUCAUCUUCGUUUUCAUGAUCACCAAGUUUGUGCAGGACAGACGCAGGACCCGGAGGAGCCGCCUUCGCAAGGACCAGCUCAAGAAGCUGCCCGUUCACAAGUUCAGGAAAGGGGACGCCUAUGACGUGUGCGCCAUUUGCCUGGACGAGUACGAGGAGGGGGAGAAGCUGCGGGUGCUGCCCUGCUCACAUGCCUACCACUGUAAGUGCGUGGACCCCUGGCUGACCAAGACCAGGAAGACGUGCCCGGUGUGCAAGCAGAAGGUGGUGCCGUCGCGGGACGACUCCGGCUCCGAUUCGGACGAGGCGGAGAGCAGCCGCGGGGAGGAGAACGAGGAGGCGUCGGAGAGCACGCCGCUCCUGCGCUCCCCGGCCUCCUCCGGCCCCGCCCGCUCCUUCGGCGUCGCCGCCGGGUCCCCGUCCCGCCGCGGCUGGGACGCCGAGGCCUCUGGGUACGAGGGCGAGGAGACGGACAGCGGCAGCGAGGACGACGAUGACGCCGGCGGCGGGGAGGGGGGCGGGGACGGCGUCGCCGUGGAGACGGUGGUGGUGGUGCAGCUGCAGCGGUCUCGGCCCGAGGGCCUAGCGACCGACGCCUGACGACGGCGGUCUCUCUGCUCAGGACGCGCCGUCAAACGCCGACGGGUUCUCAUCGUUUUUUUUUUUUUUACAUUUUUUUUAACGAUUACUGCAUUUUUUGUUUCCCUGUUUAGAACACAAAGCCCCCCACAAAUACUGUGGCCAUUUUGACAAGCUCGGUUCCUGAAAGCGGGGACAUAUUUUCUGUGUUUUUCUGAAGACAGACAUCUCAGAUGGGGACUGAUCUUAGUGGAUCAUGGGCUUUGGGUGGCUGCGUCUGUAAUAAAGCUGUUUACGACAGUACAGGGGGUUGGCAACAUGCUACUUUUUCUGUGAGAAUAAGCCACUUCAGUAGCACCUUCUCCAUAAAUUAUGUGCAAUGUCAUACAAAUGAUGUACAGGUGACAGUAUAAAUCUCUUCCUAACCACAGACACUUUAUUUGCAGCUUGCAUAUCUGCAAGCCUUCGUAUCAGAAGGAAGGGAAUCUCGAUGUGGAGAAAUGUAUGUAAAUACAUAACUGCUGCAAAUGCAUUCAAAUAUUAUGCAGCACUUUGUAAACUUUAGAAAUUGAUGAUUUGAUAUUUUUAAAGAAAAUGUAGAUGUAUAAAAGUGUUAUUGCCAAGACUGUGCCAAUCCCUCAGUGUCCUGAGAUUGUCGGGGGAAAAUGUUUUUAAACUUUUUUUCCCUGUUUUGCUUUUGUAGGUAAAUAUUCACGUUUUUGUGAUCAAACGCAGUCAAAUUAGCCAUUGGGGGUGCAUCCAUGCGAGGGCAAAUUCACCCUUCGUUCCCAGAAGAUUUUAUUGCCGUUCUCACGUUUGUACUUGCAGUAAGAGAAAUGCGGAAAGAAAGGGGGCUUUUCUGGGCUGCUGGGCUGUGAUACAGAGCCUGUUUUUGAUCACUCACCCUCUUGAUGACACUCUCACAGUACUAAAUACUCGCUGAACACAAGGGACUCACGCACUUCCCCAUCUCCACUCUUCGCAAUGUGAACACCAGCUGCCACGUUAUGGUCACCAAGUACGGCAGUCGGAAAAGUUAAUUUUUAAAAAAAUUAUCGUUUUGUUGCCAUUAUUUUGAUGUAUGAAUGUAUGCAAGCAUGCACCGGUGUACUCAUUCAUAUUUAUUAAAGUUGUGCUAAUUUCAUGUACAUAACCGGAA